AUGGGGUGAAAUUGAUUUCAUGGGGUGACUUUGAUAACUAUAUCGAAAAUAUGGGUAUUUGAAUUUGGCGCGCGCAUUGCUGCGCGAAUGUAAAAUCUAACUGUCAUAUCUUGUUUACCGCCAGUGACUGAAGGAAAGUUGUGCGUGUUCGCGCUUUUCAAGAGCGAGUUGUUCCUGUAAUAGGCUGUGAAAUCGAUACAUAAUGCCACGAUCCUAUAAAAGGAAAUUGGGUGCGCGUAGAUACCGAGACUAUGACGAUCAAUCUGUUGAAGGUGCUUUACAAAGAGUAAUCGAUGAUGGAUGGAGUUUAAGAAAGGCGGCAAAGGAAUUCAAAAUUCCAUAUGGUACUUUGAAUAAUAGGUACCAUGGACGUCAUAUUAAGUGCAAUGGCGGACAAACGAUAUUUAAUUUGGUUGAAGAACGGUCCAUUCUAAAGUGUGCCGGUGUUUGCGGUGAAUGGGGGUUUCCCCUUAACUUAUCAGACUUAAGGCAUAUGGCUAAAAAUUUGUUGGACAUGCAGGGGCGUUCAGUCCGACAAUUUAAUAACAACUUACCUGGCGUGGACUGGGUGCACUCACUUUUAACAAGACAUAAAAAGGACAUUACCCAACGGCUUGCUGCUAAUAUUAAAAGAGCACGUGCUGAUGUAUCUCGAGAAAUUUUAAUAGAGUAUUUUAAUAAUCUUGAAAACACAUUAAAAAAUGUUCCUGCAUGUAACGUGUACAACUACGACGAGACUAAUUUAGUCGACGACCCUGGACGCAAGAAACUUUUGUAUCGUCGUGGAGUAAAAUAUCCUGAGAGGGUGUGCAACUACACUAAAUCGGCUACUACCAUAAUGAUGUGUGGCUCAGCAUCAGGGGUCCUUUUACCCCCCUAUAUAAUUUAUCGUUCCGAAAAAAUGUGGAACCAAUGGACCGAAAAUGGUCCAAAAUCAUCUCCUUGUUGCAGUGAAAGAUGCUGUGCCAGCGGUUCCCGUUACAACAGAACAAGCCAUGGUUGGAUGGAUGCGGAAACGUUUACCGAUUGGUUCAAAUCCGCAUUUUUACCGCACGCGAAGCGGCUUGAAGGUCGAAAAGUUUUAAUAGGCGAUAAUCUCGCAUCCCACUUUACGGACGAAGUAAUAAAUCUGUGUGAAACUAAUAACAUCGGUUUUGUAUGUCUACCUAAGAACGCGACACAUUUAUGCCAACCAUUAGAUGUGGGUUUUUUUAGACCCUUCAAAAUGGCUUGGAGAGACGUUCUCCUUAGAUGGAAAAACGCACAUCCGUCCCUUUCUUCCAUUGAUAAGAGGGAUUUUCCACAUUUGCUGCAAUCAACGUUGGUGGAAAUGGAUAACAAGAAAUCAAAGGAAAAUGAUGAGCAAAAUGCGAUUACCAGAAGUCUUAUAUCAUCAUUUGAUGCAACGGGUAUUGCACCAUUCAACAGAAAUCGCGUGCUGGACAAAUUGCCAAGAGAUAAUGUAGAAGAAGGUGAAAUACAAAAUGCUCUUGUAAAUUAUUUGAAAGAGAAGAGAUUUACGAACACACCCUCUAGACGUACAAACAAGCGCACAAGAUUAGUUGUGGAGCCGGGAAAAAGUGUAACCGCUAAACGUUCAAGUAGCAGCAGUUCUGAGAGUGAUGUGGAUGGGCCUGUGACUAAUGACAAUUCCGAAGAAGACAUUGAUGUUGAUGAUCCUUUCUUCAUAUUACAAGAAAAUGAAGAAACAGAAUACUUAGAGGUCAACAAAGAUGAAAUAAAAAAAGGAACUUAUGUAUUGGUAAAAGUGCUUGGUGGGAUGCGUAAAACGGUAAAUUAUCGAUAUGUUGCGAUUGUUCAAAAUGUAUUGGAUGAUGAACUUGAGGUGGUAGGCAUGAAAUCUGUGGAUUGCGCAAAAUUAACUUUUAGAGUGGAAGAAAAUGACGAAUUUACUGUAGACUUGGAAGACAUUAUCGCCAUUUUACCAGAACCAACUGUUGAUACUAGCAAGGACAUAGUGCAAUACGUGUUUAAAAAAGUCGUAGAUGUCAAAGAGAUUUAAUUUAGAUUAUGUUUUAAAGCGUUAUAAAUGAGUUUACUUUUAUUUUAUGUAUUAUACUUCCAAAGAUUUGAUUUAAUAAACAUUUGUUUGCAU